CUUCUUCGUUUUUAUAAAUUAGAAAAAAAAGGUGUUUAAAACAAAACAUUUUAAUUAUCCUGAAUUCUCUUCAGUUUUAUAUUAAUAAAAAUAAAACGAAAAAAUGCUUCCGCUAAUUUAUGGCGAAAUUUAUAAAACACCUGAUGACUACAAUCCGCCAGAAGAAACUAACUUGGCCGACAAUACUCAUUAUCCCAAUUUAAAUUCACGCGACUACGCAAAGCGUCCUCUAAAUCACAAUGUGCGUAUGCAUGAUGCCUGGGAAUGCAUUAGCAUCAGCACAAAAUGUGAUGAUGAAAAAGGAAAUGUAGCUAUAGCCACCAAUAAAUUAAGUGGACGUAAUUGGUUAGGCACUUUGUGGGCCUUCGAGAAGAGUCAAGUGAAAAAUGAAAAAAACUCACUGGAUAUGUCAACACCCUGCUAUAAGUUAGAAAGUCCAGCCAUUAUAAAUUGUAUCGAAUUUGUAGAACCUAAUAUACUACUUUUAGCUUUAAACUCUGGGAAACUACAAGUUUGGUCUACCCAAUCUGAAGUACGUAGUCCGAAAAAUCCCUAUUGCCCCUUUUUGAUUGGUGAAAAAUGUGAACAUAUGAAACCCAUCACAUGUUUAGCAGGCUUUAAAACGAACGACUAUAAGGCGGUGACGGGUAGUAAAGAUGGUGCUUUAAAGAUCUGGGAUAUGGGCAAAGCUGAUUUAUUUUCACAACAAAGUUACCGUUAUGCUCAUACGGAUUCUAUAACUGGAUUGACUUCAUCUCCCACAAAUGAUGCUAUAUUUACUACUUGUUCUUUAGACAAAUCCUGUCUGCUAUGGGAUGAUCGUGAAACUAGACCGGCAAUUGCGUUAUACAGUGAACAUAAUGUGCGUUUUAAAACGGUUAAUUGGGCCUUAGAUCCUCAGGAUAAUUGUGUGUAUUUAGGUGAUGAAUCUGGUAAUGUGUUAACAAUUGAUACACGCAAGCCCAAGGAGUUAUUGAAUAAAACACAAUACUUUGAUCGUCCUAUAAGAAAAAUAUCACCAAAUGGAGAAAAUUUAGCUAUUGUAGCCGAUUCAAAUUGCGUUAAAGUAUCCAAAUCCUGCUCAAAUGAAAUAUUCUAUGAAAAUAAUUAUAGUCAGAAUUUUAUACGAGACUGUGCUUGGUUAACGUCGUCCGAGUUAGUAACCGUUGGUUAUGAAGGUAAAUUGCGUGGUCAUGAAAUACAAUAAAUUUAACGAAGUUUCUAUGAUAUACAUAAAUGCAAUACAUAGUUAUUUAAAGCACAAUAGUAAUAGUUAAUUCCAAAAGCCUAGAAUUAGCCUAGCAUUUGUGAUAAUCAAAAACAAAUCAUGAACAUAAUUUUAUAUUAAGAAACUUUACAAUGGUGUCAAGUAUGUUUGCAAAUUUUUCACACUAUUCAACUUGACUUUAACUGCUACGAAUUAAAUUCAAAUAUCAGCAAAGUACAAUAAUAAUUUCUUUCAUAAUGGGUAUUUGCUACGAAUUUAUAAUAAAUUCUCAAUACCGUGAAUUAUUUUAAUUUACUUAAAACAUUUUUAUAAUUUCUUUUUAAUAAAAAUAUAUAUUCAUGUAAUAAUUUUUAAUUUUCAAUAUCUAUGUAUUUCAUUUACUAAUAUACCGCUACCAAAAGCAAUUUUUAUUAUUUUUAGUAUGUACAGAAAUAAAGAAAGCCGAUAUUUAAAAAAAAACUGAA